ACUUCACCAGUCCACUUCUCACGCGAUCUCCCACCAAUCAAAACGUCAUGGCUGUGAUUUCUUCUAAAGUAAUUAUAGUGCACCAUAUUGCAACCCCGAACGCACUUGAUACGCUUCUUCAAAGCUUCGAUGGACUGCCAAACAACCCCGCGUCCCUCUACCUCUCUACAACUGCUCAGAAUCUGAUCGUUUACGCUGUCCCAACGCGUACAGUCAGCGCAAUCAGCCUUCCAUAUCUCGUUGAGGCCUUACGCCAAAAGGAGAGAAGUGCGUCUGCCUUAAAAACCUUCUCGAGGCUGACUUGCACCGUACGUAAUCACAUUCACGAGGUGCAGAUGAUGGAGCUUGCACUGCGCCGAAGAGAUAUCGACCGCAUGUGGCUUGCAGGGUUUGACCGGUGCAUUUCCCGGGACUCAAAUCUUGACAUGAGCAUGCUCGUGUUUGAAGGCUUGGGCAGAAUCAAUGAGUUCGACGAGCGGAUUCUGCAUUUGCCAGUUUUGUGGAAGAAAUACCACGAUCGGUUGCUUGCAAACCGCAAUGGAGUUGGCGGACCGUUUUGGGUAGCAAGAAUUCGUGAUGCAACACAAAAGCGACUGGCAGUAUCCUGUGGUGAAACUCAUCGAGGAUACAGCGUCGACAGCGCCAAGGGUACUUGGGACAGAGAAAGCAUAGAAGAGCAGACUGAUUCCUGGAACGACGAUGUUAUGAUGGAUGCCAUCACCGGUGGCGAGUGGCUGGGCGGUGCAGAACACUGGGCAAAGUUCGACAUGCUGUAAACUUAAUUGUUCACACAACACCGUAAUAAGAAGCUGUUAGCGUGUUAUGCGGAUUCAUCAGGGUGAGAAAAGAUUGAUUAGGAUCAAAUGUUAACUUUUUAUUUCACCCGUUUAUCAAGAAUUUUGCCAUUGUUGUACUGUUGUGGAGUUACUCAUGCCAUCGAUUGCUCUCAUUCUUUGGACAUCUUUUUUGGUA